AUGUCAGCUGUGAGCAACAUUUUCCGCUCAGUACCUCCAUGAUGCUACAUCCCAUGCUGACACUCACACGCGCUUCCUUCGUGCGCGCAGCCCGUCAAUCCAAAGCCUUUUCUGCAGCAACAGAUGGGCAAGCCCGUGCUGGUUCGUUUGAAGUGGGGCAUGGAGUACAAAGGGUUCUUGGUAUCUACGGAUAACUAUAUGAAUUUCCAAGUGGGUUCCCGCUCGCUCUGCGCUAGCUCUGGUUUACGCGGUCUGUUGAGAGCUGAUCGGUUGAGAUCACCGCUCCCUUUGCUUGCUCGUCCUCAGCUUCAAAAUACGGAAGAGUUCCAGGAUGGAAGGUCGAAUGGAAUGCUGGGUGAGGUCUUCAUCAGGUGAGCUGGGCUGCUCUUGUCUCCGCUGCAGCCAUAGGAUCUGCUUCUACAUCUCGCUGCAUCUCUCAUGGGGACGGAUAUCCUCAUUUGCGUUCAGUGGAUGCGGUUCAGUCCGAAGGGCUCGGCAUCGCUGAACAUCUUAUCUGCACCCUUCGCGACAGGUGCAAUAACGUCCUAUACCUGAGGGAGCUGGGAGAUGGCGGAUCAUAG